AUGGAGUCACUUUUCGUGCGGUCGCUGGCGCUAGGGACACCUACGGACAAUACAUUUACACUGACCAGUGCUUUACGUACGACAACCGAUGCUACAUUUGCCGUUGCGAGUGGACGUGAGGGUUUGAUCCGCGUGUAUGCUGCCUCGUGUUCGGUGUUGCUACACGAAUUUGCCUCCAUCCACACCCGUAUAUACACGUUACACUACACAAGCUUCUCCGACAGUUUGGUGACACUUGAAAGCGAUAUUAAGUCUGACGAUGAUGAUGGUGAAGAUGUCGAGACAUUCUUGUGCGUUUACCACGACUGGCGAGAACGUGAAAUGGUACGCGGAUACUCACUGCCACUGGGCGCGUUAGAAAGCCCGACCUCAAAUCGCAAAGCAGACUGUGUGGCUGUCUGCAGCUUUACAGGUCGCGUCGUAGUGGCAAUGGGCACAGUACUGAAUAUGUGGCAGUGCAGUCACGGUUUUUUUGAGCACGUCAUGGAGUUAAAGGUGGACAUGGCUCAGCAACACGCAUUCUUUCAGGUUGAGUUCGUGGCUAUUCAUGGCGUCUACAUUGCUUUCGCUUCACCAACAGAAGUUCGAGUGAUGGAGAUUCACGUUCAAAGCCGUAACGAGAACAAUGAAGCGCUUCAAGUCGACACGGGACUGGACAAAACCGAGACGUUGGAAGAGUGGAGUAGUAUACGUGAAGACAUAGAUGAUGUACCUGUGGACUCAGCAGAUUGUGUCAAUAUCUCAAGCUCUGAAGAUUUAAGUAUGUUUGUCGAGGUUCCAGUAUCAUGUUCAGUCUACAAUACAGUGGAAGCCGAGACUAGACGUGAACAAGAGGAGCAACGAAUUUUUGAUGAGCAAGAGCAGAUUCCAAUGGUGCUCGGACGUAACGAAGCACAACAGGAAGUAUGGAAUUUAGCAGGUUUGGUUAAAAGCCAGGAUAUUCGAACAAAUCAAGCCAUGUCGUACUAUAUUGGAGAGGACGAUGUAAGUGUGCUGCUACAGCGUUUUUUACCACCGAAUCACAGUAUUCGGUCAAUUAAGUUCCUUCCUGAGACGAUCGACAAUCGCUUGUGCGUUGAAACGAGGAGCUACACACGUUUGCUUGUUGCAACGGACGAACACGCGUUUUUGUAUUACUUCUUGUCAGAGCAAGUCGAUUCGACUCGAAAGAAGAUGACGAAGAAGGUGUUUGGUAAAGGCGAGCGGACUAGAUCUAGAGGCAUGCAUAAGCCGAUCAAAGUAGCUCGAGUCUUUACUGGACAACGACGGGAUUCAUUUGCCAGCGUUGAGAUGAGUGAUGACGAGAACGAUAGCGAAGCCGAAAUUUCGGCAGAAUCUGGACGAGUGGUCAUGCAUUACCACUUUACAUGUGCUGUCACAAGCAUUACGGCAAAUAGCUCGUUUCUGUUCGUGGCGACGCUAUCAGGACUGCAAGUGUGGUCUAUCUGGAGUCCUUGCCAUUAUGUGGCAGCCAGUCGAGCAUUGAGCAAGUCCCUCGUGCCUCAGCCUUCGCAGCCACAAUUACUUUGCACGCAGCCUAUACCAUAUCCAGUAUCACAACUUGCUGCGCUUGACUCGUAUGUAGUCUUACUGCCGCAGAUCCAAACACCAGCAUUCGAAAAGCCCAUCGAUAUGAUUCGUAUGGCUAGUUUGGCUGCAGCAGAGUGUCUUCCAGACGCCGAAUUUGAGAUGCGUUCACCAAUUGACUAUGAGCAAGACCCAUCGCAGCGGAAAAUCAUAAUAUUACAGCAAAGUCCGCCAUCGUCAAUUUUUUCGUAUGUUCGUCAAGGCCUCCUGUCCACCAAGGGCGAAAUGAUGCCAUUUCAGAUAGACUUGCUGUUGAGUUUAUUCUCGCUGUACCGCUACCGAGCUGAUGUGGGCUCUGAUUUGCUUCGUCUUGCCGCGAGUAAUGGAGCCGUCCAAAAUGAAUUGAAAGGAGCGAUAUCGGACCAAAAGGAGAUGUUGGCACUUGAACUUGAAACGAACUUGUACGAUCAUCUUGCUGGAGAUUGCGCCGCAGAGUUGGCAGCUAUGUAUAUGUCGAAAGAUCAUCGCAACUUAGAGCGUGCUGCACUGCUAUUUGUGGCCUCCAACAUUUCAUCAGUGGAAGUAUUGCAGCGUCUUCAGAGUAUUGUUGGCACGGUGGACCGAUCUGAGGUUAUUCAAGCGACAGGAAAAUAUCUUGAAGCAUUUGUUUUUCCACCUCAAAAUUCUCUUGCUGAUAUUUAUUCUCCUCAACAACCGCAAGAUGAAACUUCAGAGGAUACAAAGUUCACAAGAAUCGUGUUAGAACACUAUGGCGAAUAUUUUCCUGAACAACUGUCUCAUCUAAUCGUCAACUCGACGCUCAAAUGGACACUAGAAGACAUUGUAUUUGCACUCGACAAAUUAAACGAAUCUUCGAGUAACAGCGUUCUCGUCAAAACUGCUAGAUUGGUACUUGUGCUGCGCGCAAAUACGUUUGCAGCUGAAAAUUGGGAUACUUUUACAAAAUCUAGCGGAACCUCUAGAGAAGAUUUCAUCAAGCAAUGUUCAGAAUCCUCGAUGUUGGCUUUGGUUGCUGAUUUGUUAAAGAAUCACGAAGAUGCUUUAAUACAAGUAGCGUUGAAACAUCCAGACCUUUUGGUUCAAGAAAUUUCACCAACUAUCAAGAGACAACCUAGUGGUAAUCGACAUUGUUCAAGCUCAAAGUUGACAAAGGCCUUGCAAAAAAUGGCUCCUUUGAAAUAUUUGGACAUUCUAGAGCGAGUUUUCAGCAUCGCGAUUAGCCGUCAAGAAUCUGUUCGUUCCACACUGCUAUUUUGCUUGAAUUCAAUUGGCGACGCUGCAAUGCCAACUGUUAUGAAAUUUGCAUCGAGUGGCUCAGUCGACAGAUAUCGAUUAUUUGAAUAUUUUGAACAUGAUCAAAUCUUUGUGCUUCGCUUCCUGGUAUUUGUGAGUCAGAUGUUUCCGAUGCUCGAAAAGUUGUCGGAAAAGGAGAAGAUUCAAGACAACGAAGAGGAUUUGCAUAGAGCGAAGGCGACAGUGGCGGAGGCAUUGACACGUCUGUGUGUUAAGCUGAGUUCGUAUUUUCAAAGCUCACAAAAUCAUGAUGAGGAAGAACGAGUGGAGGCGAGAUUGUGUGAUUUACUCGAACCAAUCAUUACGGAAAUUGCUCCCUAUAAACUUCCCCAUUGGGUGCAAGAUUACUUAGAGAAGCGCUGUUUGCCAGAGAGCCCAAGAUUACGCAAAGUUCUUCAAUAUCUUUUUGAUUAUACUAUUGGGUUGCUGCAUCAAAAGGACUUAGUGUGCCCUCAGGAUCUGCUUAUGGAUUAUGAAGACGUCGGUGUCAAGAAUAUUGAUCAGAGGCUGUGGAAGCUUGAAAACGAUCUAGACGCACUCGUCGUUAUAUUAACGUUACCUCGCGUGGCCAGAACGGUUGAUGGAUUAAAACUCAUCGCUCAACGCGCUGGCUUUAAGGACUUGAUUUUGUCAUAUAGUGAAAGCUAUUGCGUCACGCUAGAUGAUUGGCGCUUUUUAAUUAGCAUACUGUCUUCGAUGUCAAAGAACAGUACUGAGACAGCAAGUGGUAAUCGUCUUUGUGGAAGGUCAACAUUGACCAGCAUUCUCAAUCAUUUGUGCUUGAAGCUCAGCCCGGAAGAAUUGCUCCAGGUUCUGCCUGACGACGGAGACAUUGCAAUGUACAUGUCGACGAUCGAAGUCAGUAUGCAGUUAGAGAUGCCAAAGGAUGAUCGAACAUUAAGAUUUGUACAAUAG